UAUUUCACCUUUCAGAAACCGCCAAAGUCUCACGCGCCGAUAGCACGUGUUGUAUUUCACUCCUCUCUCUCUCUCUCCUUCGCUCACCAGCAUAUUAUCAGAUCGGAUUCACCACGGAAUAAAAAAGAAAAAUAAAAAUGUCAGGCUCCGCUGUGGGGGGAUAUGCGAGCUCAUGGUCGAGCGCGCUCGUCAAGAUAUCACCUUACACCUUCUCCGCCAUCGGAAUCGCCAUCUCCAUCGGCGUUUCCGUUCUCGGCGCCGCCUGGGGGAUCUAUAUAACUGGUAGUAGUUUGAUCGGUGCCGCGAUUAAGGCUCCACGUAUAACGUCCAAAAAUCUCAUCAGUGUAAUUUUUUGUGAAGCUGUUGCUAUAUAUGGUGUUAUUGUUGCAAUUAUUUUACAAACAAAGUUAGAGAGUGUUCCAACUUCAAAAAUAUAUGCUCCAGAGUCACUUAGAGCUGGAUAUGCCAUCUUUGCAUCUGGAACCAUUGUUGGCUUUGCUAACCUUGUUUGUGGGUUGUGUGUAGGAAUAAUUGGAAGCAGCUGUGCAUUGUCUGAUGCCCAAAACUCCUCACUUUUUGUGAAGAUUCUUGUGAUUGAGAUCUUUGGCAGUGCCCUUGGGUUGUUUGGAGUAAUUGUGGGAAUAAUUAUGUCUGCUCAAGCAACCUGGCCUUCAAAAUAAGUUUAAUUUCAUGUUUUGAUUGUAUUGUGACAAUUUACCAUAUGAGAGUGCACUCCAUUUUGUGUACUAAAAACAAACUUUCAUAUGUUGUUGCUUUAUUGUCACUGGGAGGAAUGCUAUUUUCUUCCUUUUCUCCGUUUGUGUUAUAUGAAUGCUGGUUUUACAAAUAAGAAUUUCAAUACUCAAGACUGAACUAUUUCUGAGCCAA